AUGAUGACACCUUUUGCUCUCUUUUUUCUAUCAAUUGCUAUAAUUGAAUCCAUGGCAGGAAUUCUAGGAACUGGAAUUAUCUGGGCUGCCAGUUUAUUGAGCUGCAUUAGGAGCAAAACACGGUCCACCUAUGAUUUGAUCAUGAUCUCAAUGAGUUCAUCCAGAAUUACAUUGCAAUGCUGGAUUAUACUGGAUUUAUUCUUAACUAUAUUUUAUGAACCCUAUUAUUAUGAAGAAAAUAUACUUGCAGUUAUCGGGACAGUCUAUAUGUUUCUGAACUACUCCAGCCUCUGGUUUGGAGCCUGGCUUAGUGUCUUCUAUUGCAUCAAGGUUGCCAGUUUUACACAGUCUUUCUUCAUCUGGCUGAAGCAAAGAAUUGCCAGGCUGAUGCCCUGGAUGCUGCUCACAUCAUGGCUCUGCUCCAUCAUAGCUGCAAUUCCCUUCAUCUGGGAUGACUCCAGUGCGCAUAGGAACUUCACUACUCCUCAACCUAUGACAAACUCUUCAGCAGUGAGAACCACAAAGAAAGAUAGAUUUGGUUUAUUAAUCCUUCUCUGUAAUGCAAGUACAGCUUUGCCUUUUAUACUGUCUGUUGUUUCUAGUGUCCUGCUGAUUCGGUCUCUGUGGAUACACAGGAGACGGAUGCAAAAUAAUGCAAGUGGCUUCAGGGAUCCCAGCUCAGAGGCACAUAUCAGUGCCAUCAAGUCAGUCUUUUCUUUACUUAUCCUUUAUGUUGCAUAUUUUAUAGGUUUCACUUUUCUUUUAUAUAAUAUUUUUUUACGUUUCAGCAUCCCAAAAUCCAUAUGUAUUGCUGUAUUAGCUGCCUGUCCUACAGGACACUCCAUAGUCUUAAUUUGGAGCAAUCCAAAAUUUCAAGAGCUGCCAGCUAGGAUUUGGCACCUCACAAACUGUCCUGUCAGAACUAGAUGCAUGUAA